AUGGCUUCAUCUCGUUUAUUUAAUAAUAUUGAAGAAUUUAGUGUUUUAGGAAGAAUUGGUAUUUGUUUAGCUAUUGUUGGUGGUGUGAUUAAUUCUAUGCUUUAUAAUGUUAAUGGUGGUCAUCGAAAUGUUAUUUUUGAUCGUUUUCAAGGUGUUAAACUAGAUGUUAUUGAAGAAGGAACUCAUUUUAUGAUUUCAUGGCUUCAUAGACCAAUUAUAUUUGAUAUUCAUUUACAAACAAUUAAUAUAAUAUUACGUAUUCUUUAUCGACCAAGAGCUGAACUUUUACCAAAAAUUUUUUGCAAAUUUGGUUUUAAAAUCUGUUGUACUAAGUCUCAAUUUGAUGCUAUUGAAUUGAUUACACAACGUACACUUAUUUCUCAACGUAUUAGUGAAUUAUUAAUAGAACGUGCUGCUCAAUUUGGUUUAUUACUUGAUGAUAUUUCAACUACACAUUUAAGUUUUAGAUCUGAAUUUACAAGUGCUGUUGAAUUAAAACAAGUUGCACAACAAGAUGUUGAAAAACAACGAUUUUUAGUCGAAAAAACUGAACAAAGUCGUCAAGCAAAUGUUAUUGCAGUAGAAGAUGAUGCUCGUACAGCUGAUUUAAUUGGCAAAGCUUUAGAUGAAGCUGAUGAUGAUUUGAUCGAACUUCGACGAAUUGAAGCCGCUGAAGGUAUUGGAAAUCAAUUAUCAAAAUCAAGAAAUAGCGUCUAUUUACCACAUGUUCCUCAAAUGUUACUUAACAUUAUUGGCGGUAAUCAAAAUUAUAUAAAUGCUCGAUUUCGUUCACUACUUGUCAAUUAUUUACCAUAUUUGGUUCCAUCUCAAAUAGCUACAGCUCAUUUUCAACUUGUUCUAUCACGUGAUCAUCGUUUUGGUAUUGAUUAA